AGUGUUGAGGGUGUUGAGAGAGUCCAGAUCUCCUGUCGCUGUCAUGGGCUUCACGGCCGUGCUGCUGUCCUUCCUCCUGGUGUCUCUGAGCUGGUCCAGAGGAGCCGUCAUCACAGGGGCCUGUGAGAGAGAUGUGCAGUGCGGGUUCGGUCUUUGCUGUGCUGUCAGUCUGUGGCUGAGAGGGCUGAGGAUGUGCGUCCCAAGAGGCGUGGAAGGGGAUGAAUGCCAUCCCUUCAGCCACAAGGUGCCAUAUCCAGGGAAAAGGCAGCAUCACACCUGCCCCUGUCUCCCUCACUUGGUGUGCACCAGAUACGCUGAUAGCAAGUAUAGAUGUACUGAUGACUUCAAAAACAUGGACUUUUAAUGGACGCCCAAACAUUCAGAUGAAGAAGAGCACGGCAGAAACGGUAUUUCAGAGUGAAGAGUUGAACAAGCUGUGGAUCCAAAAUGCACAUUUCAUCUUUACUGACUGUAUUCUUCAUUUGUGUACUCUAUGCACUAUAAUAUAUAGUUUGUAUUCUCUUAAUGCACAACCACGAGGACAGGAGAGGAGAUGGCAGGGCAUUGUGACCAAUCAACAAAAAACACAGAUUUACUUAAUGAAAACAAGGUUAUUUGUAAAGCUGUAAAACAUUUGCUGUUUUAUUUUCAUGCUCAUUUUAUGUUAAUUUAU